AUGAACCCAUCCGAUGUCGUGCGCGCUAUCCGCGCCCAAGCCGCUUCCACCCAGGAUGCCACUGCCAACAACCAGCAAGCCGUCGCUGGGCUCAUGGCGUACAAGCUCCACCAACAUCGCGACGAGAUCCUUCGAUCCAUAAACGCAAAUCCAUCUGCACCGUCAUCAUCAUCGUCGACACCGCCGCCCGGAUGCCCCAUGCAUGCUAGUGGCAGCACAUCAGCACCGCCACCGCCUUCCAAGCCCUCACCACCCAAGAUGGUCGCCUCGUCCGGCGGCCAAUGUCCCAUCCCCCAUGAAGACCGAGACAAGUAUCUCGCCUCCAAAUCCGGUCAACAGAUUCCCACUGGAUCCAUGGCGCCAUCGUCAUCGUCAUCGCCCGCAGCAUCCUCCUCCUCCAAACCAUGGUCGUCCACGCUCAACCCGCUCAACAUGAUGCCCAGCCUGGGCCAAUCCGCCGCACCGGAGCAAAAGACGGACCUCUCCACCGAGCGAGUCGUCUCAUCCAUCCCGCGUUCGCGCUCAUCCGCCGCACCCGGCGCCUCUCCCUACGACGCACCCUCCGCCUGCCCGGUCAAGCACGACGCCAGCAAACCCACCGAAGACCAGACCGAAAAGUGGGAGUACCCCUCCCCGCAGCAGUUCUACAACGCUCUCGUUCGCAAAGGCUGGGAAACGCCCGAGGAGCACGUAGAGACCAUGGUGCUGGUGCACAACUUUCUCAACGAGCAGGCGUGGCUCGAGGUGCUCGAGUGGGAGAAGAUGGCCGGUGCCGAUUCGUCCCGGGCCGAAUUGGCGCGGUUCCAGGGCAAACCAGGCACACUCACGCCUAAAGCGAGGGUGUUCGGUUGGUUGUCGACGCUCAUGCCCAACACUUUCAGCUCCGAGCCGCCGUUCGACCGUCAUGACUGGAUCGUAAGAAGACCCGACCAGCAGGGCAAGGAGGUGCGUUACGUCAUUGACUACUACAGCGUCCCCGAUGACCCGGACAAGGACGAGCCCGAGUUUGUGCUGGAUGUUCGACCAGCAUUGGAUUCCGUAGAGUCGCUCAGCGUGAGGUUGCAGAAGGGCUUUCAGGAGUGGAAAGAGGGACCUGGGUUCUUCAGCGCUUUCGCUGCGGAGAAUCAGUCAAAGCCAGCUUCAGCGACGCCGAGUGCAUAG